CCUCGCGUGACGUCACUUCCGGGGCGGCCCGGGUGGGGCCCAGCCGGGACCACUGCCCUGAGCUGUCUUGGCUCCACUACUAGCCACGUCCCCGCACUGGUCUGCAGGCACGUCCCCGCCGUCCGAGGGCCUCCGGGCCGCCGCAGGCCUGUCGUGCCCGGAUUCAUCUGUUACCAGAGUGGAACAUUUGCCUUCACCCCACAUGUGCCACAAAGCAUGCCAUGGCCUGGGAGUGCUCCACCAAGCUGCUUUUACCUUCCACAAAGCCAGAGAUCAUCCAGCAAGUGCCCAGCGCCAAGCCUACGGCUCUCCGAGGAGGAUGAUGGACUGGCCUGGGCACAUGCCCUGAGCAGCUGCCUCUGAUCCCUCGACCAAGCAGAAAGGAACCAUUAACAGCCUGAGAAGGUGGCUGGCUGGAAGCCUCAAGGACCACCCAGCCUUGCUCCCAGCUCACCCACAAGAUGUGGACAGCCCUUAUGUUCGUUUGGAUUUCUUCUUUAUCCUUAUCUGAAAGCCAGGUGGCAUCCACUGAUGCACGGUACUUGGUCUCUAACAUGGUGGGGAAUAAAUUAGUCAAGAAAAGUACAACUGUGGAAACAGUAACAAAGACUGAUGAUAAAACAUCCCAGAAAAUAACUGUGGUGACAUCUUCUCCUGUUAUGUCGACCAGAGGGACUGUGGUAGCCAACCUUAGCUCUACUGAAGUCACAACGGAAACAGCAAACAGGACAAAUGUUAAAGCUCCAACAACUGUGAAAGGUAUGACUGACAGUACAACUUCCAGAGCUCUUCUGCAGCCCACCUCACCUGUCCCCACAUCGAUGUGGCAGACCCUGUCCACAAGCACUGCUGGGCGUCUGUCUCUCCACACACCCUCUGCACAAGUGCCAAGUGGCAGCACGUUGCCAAGAACAUCAACGCCAGCAACAUCGGCCACGCGUGCUCAGACACCGACUGCAGCCACAGCAAGUAUGGGCAGUCUGACAAGUACUCUUAGUCCUUCUGAGCACACACCCAGAAACUCCACAGCAAUCCCUGCACCCUCCAUGAGCUCCCCAGCACAAGGUCCCACUAUGCAGGCAUCCCCGGAGCAGCCUGUGGUUAACACAGCAAGUAAGCCAACACCCACUCCCUCACACACAACUCCAGAGCCCACCACCUCCCCUUCUGUGGCUUCCAGGUCCUCGACAGAGGUGACCACCACCAAGGCACAUGCCAAGGAGCCUACUGCCAGCACAGUGCCAGCGCCUCUCAUCAGUCCAACCCCUAAGGUGGAGGCCACAUCCCACACAACACAACCAAGCUCUACGCCAUCUACCCCAGGGGCCAGUAGGCCAGGCACAACUCAGACACCAGAGCAAAUAAAAACAGAAGCCACACCAGGUACUACAUCCACCCAGCCAACACCCAGAAGCUCAGGGGACCCCAAGAUGCCAGCCACGGAUUUGUGCCCGCUCAGCACCCAGGGCCAGUACCUGGUGGUCACCACCAAGCCCCUACCCCACUCCCCAGUAGACAAAACUUUCCUCCUGGUGGUGCUCUUACUUGGGGUGACCCUGUUCCUCACAGUCUUGGUUUUGUUUGCCCUGCAAGCCUACGAGAGCUACAAGAAGAAGGACUAUACCCAGGUGGACUACUUAAUCAACGGGAUGUAUGCAGAUUCGGAACUGUGAGGACGGCGGAGGCCCAGCCCCUUCCUCGUCCUAUCAUUUUUGCCUCUGAGACCAAACCAAGUGCUUCCAAACUCUUUCGGUGCAAUUUAGGAGAUAUGCCAGAUACUUAAAACAUAUCUAAUUGCUGUCAGAUUAAUUCCAUGAUCACUAAAGAAUUGCUGCUUUUUUCAUAUUUAUUUUUGUAAACGAUCAUGUGCACAGGAAGGGACACUGAUUCUCCCUCAGGGUGGGGUAGGGUGUGCUGGGCUGGAGUGGGUAGGACCCUGGGCUCCUGUGCUCCCCCACUUGUGUCAGAUCCUGACUAGAAUUAAAGCAUUGACCACCCUCUGUUCAUGCCAUCUCUCCACAUUUGCUUCAGUGAGUCCUGUCCACAGUUGCUUAAAGUGGAGCCUUUCUGAGGUGCGUGAGAUGGAGUUUGUUUUUGUAAAUGUUUAAUAUAACAUGAUGCCUAGA